AUGUUCAUUCUUGCUUUGAGCUUUCUCCACUUCUCAACCGUUGGUGCUCUUUGUUCGCACCGCACCGGUCACUUCAUUGGUUUGCCUCCGAUGGAUGCCUCGAUGUUUGAUGCAGAUUACGCCGUACCAACAGAGCCCGUUGAUGUGCCUGCUGUUGAGUGGAUGCCUCAACCCUAUCCUGAUCCAUAUGUUGAGGAGGAUUACCCAGCAGACAUGCCCGUGAAUCAGUCCUCCAUGGGUCCCCCUGUGAUGCAAGGCUCCAUGGACGACCUCUCGUGUCUCGCCCCACUCACCCGCCUCCAGACACUCACCCUCACGAAUCUCAACCUGACUGCUGGGGAGCUUCCUUCCACUCUCUCUGCACUUACUUCACUCAGGCAUCUUGACCUAAGCUUCCUUCACAUCACCCGCUUACCACAAUGGAUCAGUACACUUUCCAGGCUCACCUACUUGGAUGUCACUGGCAGCUUUGAUGUCCACCGCGUUGCACCAUUCCCCACCGAAUGGAUGGCGCUCACAGGCCUGUCGACUCUGAGGGCCGGUCUGAAUGGCUUCACUGGCUCUAUCCCCUCCACCAUCUCCGCCCUCACCGCCCUCACUGACCUCGAUGUGAGUGACAACAACCUCAAUGGCUCCCUCCCUGACUCCAUCACCCGCCUUGCAUCGCUGCAGCACCUGUGA